GUUCGUCCCUUGAGGGUGUGUGUGCGAGACUCGCUAAGCAACGACCUGCGAACGGGCACCAGAGCCAGUCCGAGCACCAGAAGAAACAGGAACCACAUUAUUAUCGAGUGUCUUUGCAAUGUUCCCGACGAUACUUCUGCGCCGUCUGCUCUGAUAUCAUCGAAGUUGCCGUCUCUCCAGGCGUCGGCUACAGAAACCAAACAAGAAAUUAAUGCAUCUUGCUCCGCGUUCCUGUUUGUUUUGACCUGCUAGAAGGGGAUCCUGCAAGAGGGAUUAGCGGUCCGUCAAUGAGGAACUACCGGCUCAUCUUCUGCCACAACCUGAAGCAGCCAUAGAUGGUUCAGUGGUUCACUGGGCAGGGGAGGAGAGGAUAGGACACACUUUCACUGCUACACGACGUGAGGUCUUGGCGGGGUUGUGGUGAGGAGGAGGAGGAGGCCAUGAGGAAGAGCGUGUCUCCGUUGCCAGGCAAUGAGGGCGGGAGCUCAGCCAGCACCACACGUGUUUUUGGCGUUCCAUUGGAGGAGGUGACACGCACACACACAAUCAGUGGCCAUGAGGUUCCUGCACUGGUGAAACACAUUGUCGACUACAUUGAGGAGCAUGGUCAUCUGGACCUGGAGGGCCUCUUCCUGGUGAAUGGCAACGCAGAGCGUGUGGAUUGGCUGCGCCAGCGUUACGACAGUGGUGAGGACGUGGAGCUAGAGAAGGAGGCGGACCUGGCAUCAGCGGUCAGUUUGCUCCGACUCUUCCUGCAGGAGCUUCCUGAGCCUGUUAUCCCAACAGCGAUACAGGGACACAUACUACAGCUACACCAAGAUUACAGCAGUGAAGAGGAGCUGUGUAGAAACUUGAAGUACCUCCUGCAGCAGCUUCCCCAGUUGAACUAUGGUCUUCUGCGCUUCCUGUGUCGCUUCCUGGCCAGUGUGGCAUCACUUCAGCAGGAGAGCUGGAACAUCGGGGCGCUGGCCGCUGUCUUCGGGCCCGACAUCUUCCAUCUGUCAACAGAGGGAGAGGACCUUCGAGACCAGGAGUCUGUCAGCAGAGUCUUGGCAGAGCUGUUGGACAACCAGGACGGCCUGUUUGACUCGGAGGAUGAUGACGUCUCCACCACCAACGACUACAGCUCCAUCAAUGAACAGAUCACUGAGCUGUUGGAUGAUGAGAGGUGUGAAGCAGAAUGUGAAGAGUUGCCUCAGGACGGGGAGGAAGGUCCUGCCUCCUCUGACUCACCACAACACACACACACUGACGACAGCCCCGCAGCCAGCUCCCACCUCUCCCCUAUAUCCAUCCUGCCUGCUGACUCUGCUGAGAUAAUUCAGCGAACCAUCAGGGCUGCAGUGGAGCAGCACUUCUUUGAGCUGAAAACCUCCAUUGAUCAAGACCUCAGCAACUAUGACAGCCAAGGGGUGAAUCCCAGUGAGCCUGCAGACCAGGGUUGCCAUGGAGAUGAGCAACAAACGGACCCUGAGGACAGUCCCUGCGAUACAGAAGGGGAGACCCCACUCACACAGCCCGAGCAGCACAUACAACAAAGCCAGAAAGACACACAGGAUUCAUUGGACUCUGUGACCACCCUGGAGGAGAGCUCGGGAAUGGACCUGGAUGCAGAGGCUGUCAGAGAUGCUGAGAACAACAUCAACACUGCCAGACAGGACAAUCAACCCUGUGACAUCAUGGAGCAGACUGAGACUGACACCAUAAGCUGUGACUCGGGUUCAUGCCACUGUGAUCAGAACGCCAACACCAGUCAGACCAACAGGAAUCACCUGUCGCCAUGCCAACCGAACUCCGGCCACAACCCCCACCUCCAGCUCUUCCCUGACAACCAAUGGGAAGCAUCACCCCCCUCCCAUCUCCACCUCCCUCCCAUAGACUUCUCAUGUAUGCAUCUGCAAAAAGAAGGCCAUGACCCCGUCCCGGCUUACAAAUCCUGGCAGGAUGACAACGACAGCGGCGAGGCACAGCUCUCCCCACUGGCCGGUCGCAUGGUUCCCCUCCCACCGCUGCCCCUGGAGGAGGAAGGCGAGGAGGACGAGGAGGAUGGAGGGCAAGAUGCCUCCCCCUCCUCCUCCCGCUCCCACCCUCACCUCCUGGCACGCCGCUUUCUCGACUUUGGAGCGCACAGUGCCCAGCGGUUCCUCCAGCAGGACCCGGACGCCACCUCACCCACUAAAGCACAGAGGCCGCGGCGAGCAUCAUUUGGUUCCAAAGAGUCAAUGAGAGGAGGAGAUUCAGUGACCCACCAACUCACCAAGAAGCUUCAGCACCUGAAGAAGAAAAUUAAACAGUUUGAAGAGCAGUUUGAGAAGGAGAGGAACUAUAAGCCUUCUCAUGGAGACAAGGCAGCUAACCCUAAAGUCCUCAAAUGGAUGACCGACCUCACCAAGAUCCGCAGGCAGAUUAAAGAUGCCAAACACCGUGCAGAGAGUGAGCUUGGACCCCAGACUCGUCCUCGGAGCAACACCUUACCCAAGAGCUUCGGCUCCACGCUGGACCAAGGCGCUUACAAUGCAGCAGUUGAGGUCAAGGGUCAGCGUCCCACCCGCGAGGAGACACUGGAGCUGAUCCAGUGCAGGGUCAAAGGGAAGAGGCAGGAGGAUGGCUGGCCUGAUGACAUCAAGAAGAUGACCAAGGAGCAGUUGUCCUGUGAGAAGACGGUCCUACAAAAGAACCUGCUGCACUACGAGGGCCUGCAUGGCCGACCGGUGACCAGAGAGGAGCGUCUGGUGGUGAAGCCUCUCUACGAUCGCUACAGAUUGGUCAAACAGAUGCUCACCAGAGUCAGCAUCACACCUGUCACAAUGUCCCCCUCCAGUAAGAGACGAACUCAGACCCUCCAGCCAAUCAUUGAGGGGGAAACCGCUCAUUUCUGGGAGGAGAUCAAAGAGGAGGAGGAGGACGAGCGGAAGGAAAGAGAAGGAGGAGAAAAAGAUGAGCGGGAGGAGGAGAGAGAUGAGGAGGAGGAAGAAGAAGAGGAGGAGGAGGGAGAGAGCAGCGGUGGGGAGAUGCAGAGCUCCGAAGUCAUAAUGGCCGUUGACCUUGUGACCCCGACCGACAGACCAGUGAGGAGCCAGAACCAACCUGACCAACAGAGCGACUGUCCAAUGACAGCCAAGCUGGAGGAGGGGUCGGGGAGGCUGGCGCUGGACCUGCGGCUGUCCAGCUCCAACGCUUCGUCCAUGCCAGAGCUGCUGGAACAGCUGUGGAAGGCCAGAGCAGAGAAGAAGAAACUGAGGAAGACCAUCCGAGCGUUUGAGGAAGAUUUUUAUCAGCAUAAUGGAAGAAAUGUUCAGAAGGAGGACCGGGUCCCGAUGCUGGAGGAGUACCGGGAGUACAAGAGGAUCAAGGCCAAACUCCGCCUCCUGGAAGUUCUCAUCAGCAAACAGGAUUCCUCCAAGUCCAUCUAGACCCCUCCCCCUCGCAACCCCUCAGAUACUCGCCAUCACGGCACACAUCAGCUCUCAUCACCGCUGCGAGGACCCGCCAAGGGUGUCCAUCAGUCUGUCAGACGCCAUCACACCUUGGAGGACUUAAUAAACACUCCAGCAUCAUCGUCACAUGACUUGACAGGAAGUCGACAUCAAGACGCUCAGUCAGACUUCAUGUUCACGACUUGGUGUGCUGCAUUUAUGUCAUGGAGGAAAGUAAAUUAGAGUGACUUGCUGGUUCAGAGUUACUUUGGAAAAUUGAACUUUAAAGUCAGUAAGUUAGGAUUGAACUGAAACACUUAAACACUGUUUGUAGUUCCAGGACAACUUUCAGUGAACUUUUGAGGGACUCAACCUGCGUUUUAACUACAGAAACCAAAGCACAGGUUUGGUUCUUGGAGUAUUCACCUAGCACUGUUAAGAGCUAUGUGUACAGUAUCUAUUCAGACUGCAACCAAACACUGGUUGUUGCUAAUAUCAGUAAUCAGAUUAGGGAUGGGAAUUUUAUUUUGACCAGUAAAAAAAAUAAAAUUAAGUAAUAAGUAAGCAGUAAAUUAAAAAGAACAACAUGGUGACUGUUGUCUCAUGGCAUACAACAACUCAAAUGGGUUUUAAUACUUUAAUCUUUUGGCGAAAAAGUUCAUGACACUUUGGUCCUGGGACUAUUGAAUCCCCAUUAGUGAGCGAUAUGCAUUGAAGUGUUUAAAAAUACACAUUUUAAGUGCAAAAAGGGCAAAUUUUAAGCAUUUUGAUCACAAAAUCACUUCAGAUCAUUACAUUUGUUUGUUAAAUACAUGAUUAUCUAUAUGUGACUACAGAUAUUUUCCUUGUCUGUGAUUUCAGAUUUCAGUAAUGUGGACAUUACAGUCUCUGAGGUUAAUUAACCGCUUUAAAGGGUCACGUACAUUUUUACAGCCAUUUUCAUGUUUCAUGAAUGCAGCACCACCACAAUAUAAACUUAAAAUCACUCCUGUCAGCCACAACUGAUCUCUGCUGCCUCGUCUGACUGCGAAUUGUUUCAAAACAAGGGAAAAAAGGAAUCAUCUUCACUGUCUGUCUUCAUCAUCGUUCCACCAAUGUUGACUCGAGACUUUGCACUUGUCUUCUUAUUUCUUCGACUUGUGAGAAAAAAAACAACUUUCUGACUUUUUAAUUUCAAGAACUUUUCUUGUGUUGAUUUUGGUUUCUUCGUGUUUAUUUUUGCUUCAUGCUGAACAGCAUGAAGCAUUUUAGACUCUUCACUCAAGACACCUGUUCUUUCUUUAGGACGUCGCACUGUGUGAAAAGUCCCUCUUUUCGUCUCGCUCCUGGGGGGCCACGGUUUCUCUAAGCAGCCUCUUUGGUGCGAGUGAUUGGUUCUUUUAUUCUGUCAGUAAAACUUUAUUUAACGUCCUGGAUGCUUCACCUUCUGACUGAUUUUAAAAUUCAUUCACAGGUUUAAAAACAAGUUUGUUUGUUUGUGUAUUCUUGUUAAAAAAAGAAGUGUAGACAUACAUGUUUGUGAGACACUGCUGUUCAUGUUUAUCUUGAAUGAAAUAGAGUACGUAGUAAAAAAAAAAAAAGUAUUAACUCCCAGUGUGACCUUGGAGAAACGCCUGUUUCUGAUUUUGCUUUUCAUUUAUUUCUGUUCCUCAGCAUUUCCUUUAGGUUUUUUGGCAAUAUUUGUCAGUAAGAUGUACACUAGGUUGGCGUACGCUGGUGUUUGCAAAGUAACUUGGUUUCCCAUGAGCCUCUUGCAAAAAAGAAAAUGCUGCUUUUAAGUCGCCCUAAGCUCAGACGUCAUAUGCUUGUGAUUUUGAUAUUUCUGACUGCACUUAAAGGCAGCAUUAGACUGAAGAUGCUCAUAGGGAACAUUUCUACUCAGAUUAAGAGAUUUUAUGACAUUUUGUCUCUCCAUUUGUUCAGUUUGCUGCAUGGAGGCGUGUUAGUUUCUGAGGGAUUAUGGGUGAUAAAUGCUGAGGAGAGGAGCCAGUAUCUGGUCCCUGCUGCUGCUGCUGCUGCUGCUGCUGCUGCUGCUGCUGCUUCUUCUCUGAAACCAAAAGCAUGUUGGCUACAGGCAGUGUCAGCCUGACGGUGUGUUGAAUGUCAGUGACGACGCAGUCAGCAGUUGCUGUGCAGCUGAUGCGACUGUUACUGACGUUGGUUAAAGUUUGAAUGUAGCUUUAAAGGCUGUAUUGUAUCAAUGAGGUGCCAACACUGCCAGCACUGAUUUUAAACACAGAGAAGUGACUCCGUCUGUGGUUCACUGAUAUUUUUCCCCAACUGGCGAGUCAGUGCGGAGGGUCUGAUUAGUAUGUAGCAUGAUGUCUACGAUGCUGAGAGAACACAACAACAACCCUCGGCUGUGUUUCUCUUCGGUCUAACCUGCAGUCCCAGUGAAGUUUCAUUUCCUGCUGGCAGGUAAAAUGAGGGCAGGUGAGGAGGAGAACGUUUGAGGUGUGGUGCAUGCCAAUAAGCUUGUUCUCUUUGUUUAUCUUCUUCCUCUCCGUAGAGGCCAUGUUGUCUUAUAUCAGAUAGGAGUCAAGAUGUCACAGUGUGAUGUGUGUAAGUUAUUACACCGGCUGUGUUGGCAGGUGAAGUUCUAUUAUCAGAACCUCUUUGGCUCGUUACUUGUGAGAUGUUUAAGGCCGAUAAGACAAAAUAGUACUUUUUUUUCUUUGCUGAAUUGAUGUACAUUUAACUGCCAGAAUCAAAGCUGACUGCAGUCUUUUUGUCUGUCAGUGGACGGCAGAUGAGAUGGUUUGAAAUCAAAGUUUUGAGUGAGUCAAGAGUUGAACUUUUUGUGAGUGCUUGUGAAGAACACGAUGGAGGUGUUUGUGUUUGUCAGGACGGUAAAGUUCGAAGGUUUGAUGUAAAAAGAUGUUAUUUGCACAGCAUUCACAGAAUGCAGCCCUUUUGUGUUUUUUCAUUUGUAUUUCUAAAAAUGAAGCACUACUUCUAUACAAAUAUAAAUAUAUACUGUACAUAAAAAAACACCCGAAGGAAUGAAUGUCAGAAAUGUUUAAAUUAUUUCAAACAUUACGUUUGGCCCCCUUUGGUUCAUUAUAUUUGUGAUGCCCUGAGAAUGUGUUUUUUUAUUAUAAAUAUUGCUAUUACUAUCAUAACCAUUAUUUUGUGUGAUAAUGACAAUAAUAAUAACCCUUUUGUAUCUACUCACCAACUGUAAAACCAGCUGUAGAAGUUAGUCGGGCACUGUGUGUGACUAAUCAAACAUGAACCUGCUCUGUUCUCUGAUUUCUUUUGUCGCUCUGUGUAAUAUAAGCUAAUAUAGAAGCAGUACUGUAGUGAGCUUGCAUGGCAAAAGAGAACAUAAUAGUAUGAAUAACACGAUGUAUUGUUUCUAUUAUUUGUGCCAUGAAGAAGCAGCAAUAAUAAAAGUUUGCGUGGAGGUUUUACAGUAUCGGGUAAUGAUGGGUGGGAUCGACUGCGUGUGAAUAUUUGAGGUACAUUGUUAUUUCUUUUUAGUCUAAUUGUUUUCAGACACACACAUUGUCACACACACACACACACACUCUGCUCAGACGGUGUGUUUUUACCACUGUUGUCAGCAUAAUGUUCAUGUUGGCGCUGCUGAAAAACCAAAAUAAGAGUUUAAAUUAAGCAGGAUGGUGAACAGGGAUUGAAAAGCCAAUGACAGAUGUGUCAUAUCUGAAAACAUUCCAGUUUUAUCAUCAUUCAGAAAGUGGAAACAAUCCAUCGUCAGUCUCUGAGUGACUUUGAUUUUACUUUUUUUGUGAGUCUCUAACAACGGUGAUUUGUUUGGCGCCUCAGUUUCUUACUUUUGUUUUUCAUUGUGCCUGCAACAGAGUGGUAAAAUUCACGUGGUUCAUACGUUGUAAACUGUAAAUGUAUUCUCUCUCUCUGUCAGUGUACAGUUGUUUCCUCUCACACUCACCCAUCCAACAUGCAUGGUUGUUUCACACGCCUGGAGUUCGCAGCAGAAGUCACUGUCGAAGAUGUCUGGCAGGUCAGAGCUCCCCCUGGAAAUGUUGGAAGAAAAUGACCAGUUUUUUGGUCAAAAUGGCAACAGAUGAGAUAAAAGAUAUAUUUUACAAGUCUGUAAAUGGAUUUUUGAGUAAAGAGAGUCUUUAAAUCUUUAAAAUUUAAAGGACAAACGGUCAUGUUGCUUACAGGUGUGAUUAAGAAAGUUAGAAAUCAGAUACUUCCUGACAUCUUUGAUACUGGAUUUUGCUGUUAAUCCCUUUGACCAGAGAGGUUCUUGCUUACUCCAGGUCGCCUACAUGUGAAACUGUGUUUUAUCACAUCAAUAUAUUGUAUGUACGUAUGUAUCUAUAAAUGUUUUCUUACUUUGUGAAUGCUUUUUUUCUGUUGUUUCUUCAUUAACAAAAAGGAUGAGAAAAUACAAUCAGUAACAAACAUUUACACAUGAAAAUAAAAUUUACAAGCUUGCCACAUCA